AUGGCUAUCAAGACUGAUAUGUCGAAAGCUUAUGACAGAGUAGAAUGGAACUUUGUGGAGAUUUUAUUGGAAAAAAUGGGAUUUGCAAGAGAUUGGAUCAGAUGGGUUAUGGCUUGUAUAAGUUCAGUCUCCUAUGACGUUCUGCUCAACUGUCAGUCCCACAGUUUCAUUAGACCAAAAGGAAGAAUAAGGCAGGGAGACCUGUUGUCUCCUUUCCUGUUUAUUCUUUGUACAGAAGCUUUAGUCAAUGUACUAAACCAAUCGGAAACACAAGGAAAGCUACAUGGCAUCAAACUAUCGUCGAGUUGUCCAGCAGUUCACCACUUGUUGUUUGCUGAUGAUAGUCUUCUAAUGUGUGAUGCUACGGUCUGUGAGAAUGAAGAGAUCAAAAGCUAUCUCAAACUCUAUGGUGAUGCCUCCGGUCAGGUUAUCAACACAUCUAAGUCUUCUAUCAUCUUUGGCUCGGGGAUCAGUCAACAACAGAAGACGGAGAUUCAUGAAGCUCUAGACAUCAUGAAGGAAGGUGGUGAAGGGACUUAUUUGGGGCUUCCAGAAUGCUUCAAGGGAUCCAAGAAAGACCUUUUCAACUUCAUCAAAGAGAGGCUAGAAGGUAGACUUCAAGGUUGGUAUACGAAAACACUUUCUAUGGGAGCCAAAGAAGUUUUAAUCAAGUCUGUCGCUCUUGCUCUGCCUAUAUAUGCAAUGUCGGUCUUUCAAUUGCCGAAGGAACUCGUCGCGCGGCUUACUAGUGCCAUUGUUGAGUACUGGUGGAGCAGCGGUGACAAGAAGAGAAAAAUCCCCUGGGUAGCAUGGCAGAAACUGUGUAAACCGAAGGAUCAAGGGGGUAUGGCUUUUCAUGACAUCGGAAGGUUCAACCAAGCUUUGCUUGGUAAGCAAGCGUGGAGAAUAUGGAGCCGUCCAAAUUCUCUAGUGGCAAGGGUCUUAAAAGGGCGGUACUUCUCUAAAAAAUCUUUCCUGGAAUGUGGCUCAGGCACUAGACCUUCUUUCGCUUGGCGCAGUAUACUACAUGAGAGAGAACUACUGAAACAAAGAUUAUAUCGCGCUAUAGGGAAUGGUGUACAAUCCAAUGUCUGGGUGGAGAACUGGAUAAUUGAUGGGAUCCCUAGCCCACCUAUGUACAGAGAGUGCAUUGAAAGUCGCAGACCUGCUCGAGGUUAG